GUCAAGGAUAAAUAUGAGUGCUCCCAUGAAACCGUGGGAAAGACCUGGAGUAAACAGCCAAAAUAUGAAUAACCAACUAGUAAACAAUAUGUCUGGGUCUAUACCAGGUAGUAUGGGAGGAGCAGCUGGUCCUCUACCCCCCUGCUGCCAACCUGGGGGUGCAAAUGCUCCCCCUCCCCUCCCAGAUAGGCCAGGCUCUCAGCAACCAGGCUCAGCCAUGGGAGGAGGAUUGGCUGGAGGUAUGGGGUAUGGAGGCUACAGUGGUAUGGGGUCUUCCAUGUACGGUGGAGGCAUGUAUGGCUCUAGCAUGUAUGGUGGUGGAUACGGCAGUGGGAUGUAUAGCGGAGGAUAUGGUGGCUAUGGUAUGAACAGAAUGGGGAUGGGAAUGAAUAAUGAUGGCAUGAACUCUUUCUCACAACUGGCUGAGGAAAGCAGUCGACCUGCGUUCCAGUCUAUUGAAUCCAUUGUCCAGGCAUUCGGAUCUGUCAGCAUGAUGUUAGAGUCCACAUUUUAUGCUGUGUACAACUCAUUCCGUGCCGUAAUAGGAGUUGCUGAUCAGUUCACGAGAAUGAAGAAUCAUUUCGCCCAGAUUAUAUCAGCUUUAGCAGUUAUACGAACAAUGAAAUACAUUUUACAUAAGUUGUUAGUGUUAAUGGGUCUGAGGCCAGGGGGUCUUCCAGAAGAUGUAUGGGCCAAAGCUAAGUCACUCCAAGAUGAGGGCUUACUCUCAGAGGCAGACUUAAAGGGUCGCAAAUCAAGCUGGCCUGUUUUAAUGUUCUUUGCUAUUGCACUUGGAGGACCUUGGCUGAUAUGGAAACUACUAUCUUCAGUUGUAGGAGAAAAAGAAAAAGAGUGGAUGACAGGAGCAAGUGACCAUUUUGUUGCUCUAGCAGAGUAUGACUUUAAGGGUGAGGAGAAGGAGCUGACAUUCAAGAAGGCACAGAGAAUCAUCUUGGCCCCCAAAGAGCUGCAACCCAAAGUCCGAGGCUGGUUACUCGGUAGCGUAGAUGGUCAAAAAUCAGGACUAGUACCUGCAAAUUAUAUCAAAAUACAAGGCAAGCGGAGAGGAACAAAAUUCACCCAACAACCAAUUGCUCAACCCUCAAUCCCCCAACAGAUCACCACAACACCAAAUCCCCAACUUAUCCAACCGACCCAAAUACCACAAACAUAUAACAAUCAAAUCAGUGAAGUGCCACCUAUGGGCAAUUUAGAUGAAAACUUUGACACUUCAUUCGCUCAAGUGAAUAAUUUCCACACAAGUGAGAACUCUGCAAUAUUAAAAGACUCUGAAAGUAUUGUGAAUGAGAAUUUAGGAGUUUCUAAAUCAUGUUGUUCGAAAAAAUCAGAGGAGAAAUCAUGCUCUAAGAGCAAGGAUGAUUGCUGUUCCAAAACACCCGAUGAACUACUGACUGAUUCAAGUUAGAGAUUCACAUGUCACUGUCAGUUAAUCACAAGGUCAAGGUCAAAAAUGUGCCGUAUUGUAUCAAUUUCCAAGUGUGAAUACAGUAAGACCUGUGUAAGUUGAACACUGUUUGGUUCUGCUAUAAUGUCUUCCCCCUGGAAGGUUUUUAUGUUAGUGGGGUUCAUUUAGCAUUGGGUCAGUACUUUAGUCAUUAAAGGGCUCCACUUUGAGAUGUGUUCCACUUACUGAGAAGUUUCUUCACUUAUUUACAUGUUCCACUAACAGAGAGGUGUUCUACUUAAAGUAGGUAGUUCACUCAACAGGUUUCUCCUGUAUUUACAUCAGACUAUUAAUAUGGACAGGGCAUAGGGCAGACCUGUACUUGUGUGUCAAAUGUGGAAAUGUUGCAUUGUGGCACUGAUGAAAUAUUUUGAUAUAUUUAGCGAAGUGACCUGCAGAUGGCGCUAUCACAAACAUGUACUGC